GUUUCUUGUCUGGGCGGAGGAGGUUUGGCCCUGCGACGCUGCCGUCUCUCAGCGGCUGCGGGGGGCGUAAUGGCGGCGGCUCUCUCAAUGUCAGCGGUACUGAGGCACUUUGUCGUGAGGAGUGGGGUUGCCGCUCCCCGCCUGUCGCCGGCCAGGUCACUGAGCACUUCCACAUGGCGGCUGGCACAGGACCAAACUCGAGACACGCAACUCAUCACAGUUGAUGAAAAAUUGGAUAUCACUGCUUUAACUGGUGUUCCAGAUGAGCACAUCAAAACCAGGAAAGUUCACAUUUUUGUUCCGGCACGUAAUGCAAUGCAGUCAGGUGUUAACAAUACAAAGAAAUGGAAGAUGGAAUUUGAUAACAGGGAGCGCUGGGAGAACCCUUUAAUGGGCUGGGCAUCUACAGCUGAUCCUUUAUCCAACAUGGUUCUUACUUUCUCUACUAAAGCAGAUGCCAUUGCUUUUGCUGAAAAAAAUGGCUGGAGCUAUGACGUUGAAGAGAAGAAGAUUCCAAAACCUAAAUCCAAGUCUUAUGGUGCAAACUUUUCUUGGAACAAAAGAACAAGGGUGUCUACAAAAUAGGUUGGCAUUGGCUCUGACUGUGAAUGAAGUCAGCUGUGCCAUAUUUAUAGUCCAUGUAUAACACAUCUCUUAAUCUCCUAAUAAAUUUGACCUUUAAACUACA